AUGUCUACCGAACAGACCUUCAUUGCUAUUAAGCCAGAUGGCGUCCAGCGUGGACUCAUUGGCCCCAUCAUCUCCCGAUUCGAGGCCCGCGGAUACAAGCUUGCCGCUAUCAAGUUGAUGACUGCUAGCCAAGAGCACCUGGAGAAGCACUACGAGGAUCUUUCUUCCAAGCCUUUCUUCCCAGGACUCAUCAAGUACAUGGGAUCUGGCCCAAUUUGCGCCAUGGUCUGGGAAGGCCGUGACGCCGUCAAGACCGGCCGUGUCCUCCUUGGAGCCACCAACCCCCUCGCUUCCGCCCCCGGUACCAUCCGCGGCGACUACGCCAUCGACGUCGGCCGCAACGUCUGCCACGGUUCCGACUCGGUCGAGAACGCCAAGAAGGAGAUCGCUCUCUGGUUUAAGGAGGGUGAGGUCCAAUCGUGGAAGUCGACCCAACACGACUGGGUUUACGAGAAGUAG